CUGAACGAGACGAUUCUGCGGAAGACGAGUCUGGUGCUGCUGGGGCUUUCUGCGCCUCUGGGGCUGGUCUUGGCUUUGGGCCUUUCGCAGUUGAACUUUCUGCAGUGGCUGGCGCUGGCUUUGGGGGUUUUGUUUCUCGUGGGCUUUGCAGUAUCGCUCGGCCGGCUCAAGGAGCUGUGGGAAGAAGCCCAUUAUAUGGGAUUUCUGCACCCAUUUGACGUGGGAGAUAUUGUGUCUGUGAAGGAGGCCCUCCCUGCUGCAGUGGACUCUGCAGCAGCACUGUCGCUGUCUUCUGCUGCUGCUGCUUCUGUUCCUGCUGCUGGACUUCCCUCGGCGCUCGCGGCUGCCGCCUCAGCAGGUAAAGCGCCAACAACUGCAGCAGCAGCAGCAGCCGCAGGAACGCUGGUCCUCUACAGGGCGAGAUGCGUUGCCGUUGGCCUACAUGCAUGCAUCUUUGAGGUUGGAGAAGAUGGCACAGAGAUGGAAGUUCCUGUGCGGCUGCUGAAGCACAAGGCAAUAUCGAAUGACAGCCGCAAGCCGCCCCACGCCAAAGUACAGGUGGAGUUCUUCAUGCGCAAGGAACAUGCACAGCCCGAGACCCUCACGGUCCGCCCCAGAGUCCCCGGCCUCCAUUCGCUGGCUGCUGCUGCUGCUGCUGCUGCUUUGAUUGCCGCAGAUGAUAGUUUGGCUGCUGCUGGUGCUGUUUUGGCUACUGCUGCUUCUAUUGCUGUUGCGGCUGCUGCAGCUGCUGCUGUUUUGUCUGCUGCUGCUGCUGCAGUUCUGGCUGCUGCUGCUGCUGCUGCUGCUGCUGCUGCUGCUGCUGCUGCACCUCGCAGCAACCCAUGUACCUACUUCAGUACAGGAGCCUUGUGCCCUUAA